AUGGGUUCUUUCCCAGGUCAUGCUCUGCCAGGGACGUUGUUUUUUGUAGUCGGGGUAUGGCACGUAUGGAGCUCGUUGGUGAGAUAUGUAUCCAACCCCAAGUCCUUCCGAGUUCGGGUAUGGAGUCCUGUGCCGGGUUUUGAUGGGAGGCUCAAGUAUUUGGAGCUUUAUAUUAUAGCUGUUGGUACUUUCAUUGAUAUGUGUAUCGAGCUUUUGUAUUCGACCCAUCUCAAGUUCUUUGUCAAUGGAGUCUUGAACCCUUCUCACAUGAAUGAUUUUGAGCACUCUGGAAUGCUUCUUAUGUUCUUUAUCUUUGGCGUUGUCAGUCUGCUCUCAGAGAAGACAAGAUUUCUUCCGUUGCCUGAAGGAGCUCUUUGUCUGAUUGCUGCCACAGCAUUCUGUGCAGAGUAUCUUCUGUUCUACUUUCACUCAACAACUCAUAAAGGCCUCGAGGGUUAUUACCACAUCCUCCUUGUCCUUCUAAUUGGGCUCUGCAUAUUAUCGACUGUUGCUGGAGCCCUCUUACCAACCAGCUUUCCAAUUGAUUUAUGUAGCGGUAUUGCCAUGACUCUACAAGGCCUCUGGUUUUAUCAGACUGCAUUCACUCUCUAUGGCCCCAUGAUGCCAGAUGGUUGUCAGCUUAAGGAUGAUAUGAUCUCAUGUCAUUCUGUGGACAAUGAGGUCCGGGGUGAGUUGCUUGCAAACUUCCAGUUCUUUGUCCUGGUUCUUGGUGUACUUAUUGCAGUUGUGGGAGGAUAUGGUUUUGUUGCUUCAAGAUUUGGCCAUUCAGAUCCAAGGAGCUUGCGUGCAGUAUAA